UCAGACAAUUAGGUAUAGACAUAGCAAUACUGCCUGUCUGCCUCCAUCAUCAUCUCCUCCUCUUUCCUUCCCAACCUUACAGCUGCGAUUCCGAUGGCAGCCAUAACCCGCUUCGUAAAACGCACAACACCCUUUUAUUCCUUAGCGUGUGGAUUCUCUUCCACUAAUUCCCACGCGCCACCGCGUGAAAACAGGAAUAUUCAAUGGGUUUUCUUGGGCUGUCCCGGCGUCGGUAAAGGCACCUACGCCAGCCGUCUUUGUAACCUCCUCGGCGUCCCUCACAUCGCCACCGGUGAUCUUGUUCGUAAUGAGCUUUCCUCCAAGGGCCCCCUUGCUUCCAAGCUAUCAGAAAUAGUAAAUCAGGGUCAAUUAGUGUCAGAUGAAAUCAUUAUAAACUUGUUGUCGAAGAGACUGGCCGAUGGACAAGCUAAAGGCGAAUCGGGUUUCAUUCUUGAUGGUUUUCCUCGAACAAUAAACCAAGCAGAAAUAUUGGAAGGGGUGACUGACAUUGACUUGGUUGUCAAUCUCAAGAUCCGAGAAGAAGUACUGCUUGCGAAAUGCCUCGGCAGGAGAACUUGCAGUCAGUGUGGAGGAAAUUUUAAUGUUGCUUCCAUUAAUAUCAACGGUGAGAAUGGUCGCCCUGGAAUGAGUAUGGCUCCACUUCUUCCUCCCGAGCAUUGUAUGUCUAAGCUCAUUACUCGUUCCGAUGAUACUGAACCAAUAGUCAAAGAAAGGCUUCGUGUAUACAAUGAAUCGAGUCAACCUGUGGAAGGGUUUUACCGUAGCAAAGGAAAACUAUUAGAGUUUGAGCUUCCCGGAGGGAUCCCGGAAUCUUGGCCAAAGUUGCUGCAAGCGCUUAAUCUAGAUGAUUAUGAAGAGAAGCAGUCUAUUGCAGCUUAAGCUAUAAAAGUGUUACCAUAUAACUAAGUAUUUCAUUCUUUGCAUGCGUAUUCUGCAUGCUAUGCAAUUUUGCAGGAAAUAGAACCAAUGAAGGUCGGCUUCUUCUCGAAUUGGUAUUAUUUGAAUAAAUAAUGAUAUCAGGAAGUGUCCUAAACUGUUUACACUUAUACCCUAUUUUGUAUUUCCAUAAUUUGAUUUAGUUAUUAUCACAAUGUUUUUUAAUGCUGUCUGGAGAAAAAUUUCCGACACAGUUGUUGCAUAAAUGUUUACUGUUUUGCAAUAAGAUUCAACAGGACCGGCACAUGAUUUCUGUGUUUAGUGUUGUAAAUCAUAACUGAAAUUUAUUGAACUAAUGUUAUGUAUUAUUCUCCAGAGAUUUGUGGAAA